UUCGUCCGUCCGUAUAACGUAGAGCUGGACUGGAGCUGAGGGAAGUCCAGUCUGGUCUGUUCUCAACUGCAGUGCAGGCAUGGGGACCUUUGAUAGCUCAUGUCACGAGUGCUUCGAGAGCAAAGAGCGGUGGUAUGAGAUUGGACCCACGGAUUUGCUGGCGCGCAAAGGCUCUCUAACUCUCCGCUCUCAUCACAAGAAAUACUCGGAACCAGUGCUGGUGUAUUCCUGGCACCGUAACAGAGAAGCCUUCCCCAAAGAUUAUGAUAUAGAGAGUCCCGAGACGGUGAAAAACCUAUGUAUAUCAACAUACAAGCGAUUUGGAAGUGACAGUCCAAGGUGGAUGUCAGAAGCACGUGAACAGAUGGCCCAAGUUCUUGUAAACAAAGACUUUGUGGAGAAGAAGAAAACGGGCUUGCUAGAUGAGGAAACACUAUGCCCUGGGAUUUUGGAAAGGGACCCUGAAUUGCCUCCCACGGGCUUUCGGGAUGUUCCGAUGGAAUCCCCACCAGAUCCAAGAAAGCCGUGUUUUUCGACAACGUACUCUGAAGAUUUUGUUCCACAGUAUGAAUAUCCACCACCUCUUUUCUUCCCAAGGUUCCCAGAUAGACCCUAUUUUCUUCCCUCCCCAAGUCUGGAAGCCAUCGGAGUAGAGGAUCUUUUCUGUAUACAACCAAGGCAAUCCUGUGUUCUCCUGUUUGAUCGCUGGUGUCCUGACUCCUCGGCCCUGUGCAUUUACAGGGAGGCCUGUCCUCGCCGAGAAGAGUACUCCAUAGUCCACAGGAAGUGCCGUUCUCAAUUCACAGACCUCAACGGCUCCAAAAGAUUUGGCAUCAACACAUGGCAUGAUGAGAGUGGGAUUUAUGCUAAUUCAGAGGCAAAACAAAAACUCUACGCAUUGGCUAGAAAUCCUAUUGUCCCACUUUAAAAAGCAAUGUAUACAACCAGACCGGUCCUCAAGCUAAUGAAAAAUGACAAAUGUAGUAGUUAAUAAUUUUCAUAAUAAAAACAAAGUCUUCCAAAUCUAAGGAAAUGUUUAUAUUCAUAUUCUCAUGAGAUACCCUGAUACUGAUAUUUUCCCAAAUUUUACAUAUGUACAACUAAGAGGAGGCACAUAAUUCUAGGAUGCAAUGUUGGUUGGUUUCUUUGUUGUAUGGAAUACGCAUUUCUUUUAUUGUUACAAAAAUGAACUAUCCAACCUGUGAUUGUUUAGCGUGUAGAUCUUUUUUUUUUUUUAAGUGAGUCAAUUUUAUUUCAUUUUGGGGUGGUGUUGGGAAUUAUAUGCAGGGCCUAGCACAUGGUAGGCAAACACUCUAUUACGAGCUACAUUUCCAACCAAUAUCUUCUCACUUAAGAAAAUUAGU